AGGGUGGAGGAUGCCGGCCAAGGGGCGCUACUUCCUUAACGAGGGCGAGGAGGUUCCGGACCAAGACGCGCUCUACGAGAAGUACCGGCUCACCAGCCAGCACGGGCCUCUGCUGCUCACGCUCCUGUUGGUGGCGCUCUCGGCCUGCGUGGCCCUCAUCGUCAUCGCCUUCAGCCACGGGGACCCCUCCGGACAGCGGGCUGUGCUGGGCACGGCGUUCUUCAUGCUCGCCGUGUUCGUGGCCCUCUACGUGCUGGUGUACGUCGAGUGGCUGCUCCGGCGGUGGCUCAGCGCCUGGGCGCUGCUCGCCUGGGCCUGCCUGCUGACGCUGGGCUACGUGCUGGUGUUCGACGCGUGGAUGAAGGAGGCCUGUGCGUGGGACCAGGUGCCCUUCUUCCUGUUCAUCGUCUUCGUGGUAUACACGCUGCUGCCCUUCGGCACGCGGGGCGCCGUCGCCGUGGGGGCCGUCUCCACCGCCUCCCACCUCCUGGUGCUCGCUGCCCUGACGGGGGCCUUCACGGCGCCCAGCGUCCAGGCGGGCCUGCAGCUGCUGGCCAACGCUGUCAUCCUCCUGUGCGGGAACCUCACGGGCGCUUUCCACAAGCACCAGAUGCAGGACGCCUCCCGGGACCUCUUCACCUACACCGUGAAGUGCAUCCAGAUCCGCAGGAAGCUGCGCAUCGAGAAGCGCCAGCAGGAGAACCUGCUGCUCUCCGUGCUGCCGGCCCACAUCUCCAUGGGCAUGAAGCUGGCCAUCAUCGAGCGGCUCAAGGAGCAUGGGGACCGCCGCUACCUGCCCGACAACAACUUCCACAGCCUCUACGUCAAGCGGCACCAGAACGUCAGCAUCCUCUACGCGGACAUCGUGGGCUUUACGCGGCUGGCCAGCGACUGCUCCCCCAAGGAGUUGGUGGUGGUGCUGAACGAGCUCUUCGGCAAGUUCGACCAGAUUGCCAAGGCGCACGAGUGCAUGCGGAUCAAGAUCCUGGGCGACUGCUACUACUGCGUGUCCGGCCUGCCCGUGUCGCUGCCCACGCACGCCCGGAACUGCGUGAAGAUGGGGCUGGACAUGUGCGAGGCCAUUAAGCAGGUGCGGGAGGCGACGGGUGUGGACAUCAACAUGCGCGUGGGCAUACACUCGGGGAACGUGCUGUGCGGUGUCAUCGGGCUGCGCAAGUGGCAGUAUGACGUGUGGUCCCACGAUGUGUCCCUGGCCAACAGGAUGGAGGCGGCCGGAGUCCCUGGCCGGGUGCACAUCACAGAGGCGACGCUGAACCACCUGGACAAGGCGUACGAGGUGGAGGACGGGCACGGGCAGGAGCGCGACCCCUACCUGAAGGAGAUGAACAUCCGCACCUACCUGGUCAUCGACCCCCGGAGCCAGCAGCCGCCCCCGCCCAGCCAGCACCUGCCCAGGCCCAAGGCGGAUGCCGCGGCCCUGAAGAUGCGGGCGUCGGUGCGCGUGACCCGCUAUCUCGAGUCCUGGGGGGCGGCGCGUCCCUUUGCGCACCUCAGCCACCGCGCGAGCGUGAGCAGCAGCGAGACCCCUGUCCCCAAUGGGCAGCAGACCAAGGCCAUUCCCCUGCGGCACCGCCGGACCCCUGACAGGAUCGCGUCUCCCAAGGGGCGGUCGGAGGACGACUCCUACGAUGACGAGAUGCUGUCGGCCAUCGAGGGGCUCAGCUCUACGAGGCCCUGCUGCUCCAGGUCUGACGACUUCCACGCCUUCGGCUCCAUCUUCCUGGAGAAGGGCUUCGAGCGAGAGUACCGCCUGGCGCCCAUCCCCCGGGCCCGCCACGACUUCGCCUGUGCCGGCCUUGUGUUCGUCUGCAUCCUGCUCGUCCACCUCUUGCUGAUGCCCAGGACAGCGGCUCUGGGUGUGUCCUUUGGGCUGGUGGCCUGCGUGCUGGGGCUGGUGCUGGGCCUGUGCUUUGCCAGUGAGCCCUCGAGGUGCCGCCCAGCCCGGGGGCCGCUCCGGACCAUCUCCGAGCGGGUGGAGACGCAGCCCCUGCUGAGGCUGUCCCUGGCCGUCCUGACCAUCGGUGGCGUGCUCACCGUUGCCAUCAUCAACCUGGUCGGUCCUGCCCCCGCCGCCCGCCUCCUGGGUGGGGGAGACAGUCUGGCCCUGGGGGUCUCCAGAGGCCCCGAAGAGGUCCCAGCUGCCCCUCUGAGACUCAGUCUCCUCCUCCGGCCCGUGCUGGCGUGCUCCCUGCUGCAGAAAGCAGCCUGCAGGAGCGUGUAUGCCCUGUCCCCACCGGCUCCUGCCCCCGGGACUCUCCAGAGCUGCGGGCCACUGACGCCUUUCCCCGCGCUGGAGAUGCCGGAUGGCAACGCGACGGGCCUGCAGGACGUGCGCGGUGGGGAGAGGACCCUGUGCGUGCGCCUCCUCCCGUAUUAUGCCUGCAGCUGCGUCCUGGGCUUCAUCGCCUGCUCCGUCUUCCUGCGGAUGAGCCUGGAGCUGAAGGUUGUGCUGCUGACCGUGGCCCUGGUGGCCUACCUGGCGCUCUUCAACCUGUCCCCGUGCUGGCAGCAGCACUGCUGUGGCCAUGUCCUGGGCAACCUCACCACCAGCACCGACACUCUCAGGGGUUCCUGGAGGGAUCUGAAGACCAUGAUCAAUUUCUACCUGGUCCUGUUCUAUGCCACCCUCCUCAUGCUCUCCAGACAGAUUGACUAUUACUGCCGCUUGGACUGUCUGUGGAAGAAGAAGUUCAAGAAGGAGCACGAGGAGUUUGAAACCAUGGAGAAUGUGAACCGCCUUCUUCUGGAGAACGUCCUGCCAGCCCACGUGGCGGCUCACUUCAUUGGUGACAAGUUAAAUGAGGACUGGUACCAUCAGUCCUACGACUGCGUCUGUGUCAUGUUCGCCUCGGUGCCGGAUUUCAAAGUGUUCUACACGGAGUGCGACGUCAACAAGGAAGGGCUGGAGUGCCUGCGCCUGCUCAACGAGAUCAUCGCCGACUUCGACGAGCUGCUGCUCAAGCCCAAGUUCAGCGGUGUGGAGAAGAUCAAGACCAUCGGCAGCACGUACAUGGCAGCUGCAGGGCUCAGCGUCACCCCAGGGCACGAGAACCAGGACCUGGAGCGGCAGCACGCCCACAUCGGCGUCAUGGUGGAGUUCAGCAUCGCCCUCAUGAGCAAGCUGGACGGCAUCAACAGGCACUCCUUCAACUCCUUCCGCCUCCGCGUCGGCAUAAACCACGGGCCUGUGAUUGCUGGAGUGAUCGGGGCUCGAAAGCCUCAGUAUGACAUCUGGGGAAAUACGGUCAAUGUGGCCAGCAGAAUGGAAAGCACUGGAGAACUUGGGAAAAUCCAGGUUACUGAAGAGACAUGCACUGUCCUCCAGGGCCUAGGUUAUUCCUGUGAAUGUCGUGGGCUAAUUAAUGUUAAAGGGAAAGGCGAACUAAGGACUUACUUUGUCUGUACAGACACUGCCAAGUUUCAAGGGUUGGGGCUGAACUGAGGGCUUCUGCUGGAUUCAGAACACGCCGGGAAGCCAGUUUCCUUCCCUGAAGCAAGCCAAGAAGACUCAGCGCCACACCAGUCACAAAGGCACUCAAAGGGCUUGGCCAUCACCAUGUCCUGGCAGAUGGCUGUGCGUGGCUUCUUGGGAUUUGUGCUAGAGGAUUUCUUGGACAAGUGCACCAGAUCCGGCUUGAGGCAACUUCUGAGCCGUAACACACGGCGGCAGCCAGAACCUCUGUGCUGUUGGUCAGUAACGGUUUCCGGGUCAGCUGGAAAGGGAUCACUGGUACAACCACUGUACUUGUGACCGUGAGACCUCGUUCCCUGAGGUUCUGUGGAGGCGAUCUUAGAGCAUCACCCAAACAGAUGUCCGUCUCGGUGGCCUGUGAGCAUGCGCAAGUGAGACCGACGCUUUCUAGCUACAGAGUGGACGAAGAUGCUAGCUUCUCCCUAGUGAGACUGGCUAUGGGGUUGUUUCUCUCACACUGGCAUCCUGGUGAAUGGAAUUGGACAGUGUUUUAUAUCUGUAAAUGGUUUCAAACAGUAGAGAGAAAAAAUUAGCAUUGCUUCUUGCCAUCUCUGGCAUGUGUUUGUUUUAAAUGGACACAAAUUAUUAGUGGGGGUUUCAUCCUUUCUAAUGACUUCGCAGACACCAGAUAAAAUCUCUUCCCUCCAGCAUAGUCUCUGCCGUUUUGACCACUGACACGUAAGCAGGACCACUGUCCAGUGUCGGUG